CGAUUUUGUAUCAAACAAAAUUAACAAAUCUUCUAGUGUUCUCCUGAACAUUUGGCGUGAGCGUGAUAGCCUUUAUGUCACUUCCUGAACAAGAAGUUUCGCAUUUGCCUUCACCCCAAAUUACCGUCUCCUCUCUUCUCUCUAAGGUUUAUAAGUGAUUGGUGGAAACUGGAGAGGGAAGAGGAAAGAAAACUUAAAACUCAAUAUUGAUCAGGUUACCCCCCAAAGUUAGAUAGAGAGAUGGAUUUAGGUGGAAGAAGGGUAUCGAGAGGUAUGCUGCCUCUAUUGGCUUUGCAUACCGCGAGCGAGUAUUAUAGACUUGAGAGAAAACCUCCGGUGACGGCUGGACUGUUGGCUGCCAAUACUCUCAUCUAUUUGAGGCCGACUUUUCUUGAAUCUAUCCUCCCUAAUAUUAAUGCGGUUUGGUUCAAUUCGUACCUAAUCCUUAAGCAUAAGGAUCUUAAACGCUUCUUCUUGUCGCCAUUUUAUCACAUGAAUGAAUCUCACUUGGUUUACAACAUGUUAUCUCUUCUAUGGAAGGGGAUUCAAUUGGAGACUUCAAUGGGAAGCAUUGAAUUUGCCUCCAUGGUUGCUGCAUUACUCACCAUGUCACAGGGAAUGACCUUACUAUUGUCAAAGUCGCUCCUGCUAUUCAACUAUGAGAAAGCAUAUUACUCCGAAUACGCAGUGGGAUUUUCUGGUGUCCUCUUUGCUAUGAAAGUUGUGCUUAAUGCACAGACUGAUGAUUACACCUUUGUACAUGGUGUUCUUGUACCUUCACGUCAUGCUGCAUGGGCCGAGCUGAUUCUCAUCCAGUUGUUUGUACCAGAUGUCUCAUUUCUCGGUCAUCUUGGUGGGAUAUUGGCCGGGAUGCUCUAUCUGCACUUAAAGAGAUCAUAUUCAGGCCCUAACCCUAUGAGAUCCAUCAUUAGAAGUCUUUCCGGUGUAUUUAGCUGGCCUUUGAGGCUUGUCCAGGGCUUGUUUCGGCCAAGAAGGUAUUCUGGCAGGGGAACUGUUGGUAGAGGAGAGACAAGAGGCAUUAUGGCUGGAGUAUGGAGAUGUCCUGAUUGUACAUUUGAUAACUCAGGUUUGUUGUCUGUCUGUGAGAUGUGUGGGACUGGUAGAGAUGGGAGUGACUUCUCGUCGAAUCUGCAGGGCGAUCUUUCUCUAGAUGAGUUGCGGCGUAGGAGGAUUGAAAGAUUUAGCAGGUAAGUUUCCCGGUGGGUUCCUUGGACAAAAACUUGGAUAUGGAAACUUGCAGACUUCCUACGAGUGAUUUUCAGUUUCGAUGUUGCUUAGUCAUCCCAUGGUCUAAUGUCUGAGGUUGGAACUUUGGUAGAGAUUCCUAAUGGACGUCUGUAAAUACAAAAUUCACUUUGGUUGAUACAUGGAUAAAAGCACGUUAUUUUGUAUCACUAAUGAAAUAGUAGAAUAGUUCGUUACAGUUAUCUGUUAUGCUCAUAACAUUCCAGGAGAGGACAUAGAUGCCUUUAACAGCAUAUUUGGUAGUUGGUUAUAAAUAGGGUUAACAGGAUAAAUUUCUUUGUAAAUUUGUGAAGAAAAUUAUUGUUCAUUGUUAUGGUAAAGUUAAUUUAUCCUAAAGUGUAUUUUUAUUCUUAAA